AUAUGGCACGGUCAGGCUCUGUUGUGUAUAUCGCUGUAUUCUCAUUCGCUGCUGCUGCUGCUGCCACUGUGCUGAUCCCUGUUUAUGUAUUUUUUUGUGUGUUCUGGUAGCCUCAACUCGAAAGCAGCGCGUUGCAAUCCAAAUCUGUACCGAGUGAAAUAUAAUUGAAACAUGUGCGAAUACUUUAAUUACAUAGAAUAAACAAGCGCUAAAAACUACAACAACGAACGACAUAAGCACAAUAAGAAAUACCCCAAAGUGCCGACAUUUACAUACGUACAUAUGUAUAUGUGUUGGUGUGUACGUAUGUGUCUACAUACACAACACGCAUACGAAUUUAUUAUCGCACAACGUAUUAAAUUCGGGAAUAAAUAAAAGAAGUCGGGUCGGUCGUCUUUUGCCGGUUUAAUAAUGGUUGAUGAUUUCGAAUGGUUAAGUUUGUGAAUACUUUACUUACUCGUAACAAUGCAUUGGACUUGAAAGCUGAGGACUGAAAAGUCGAGACAGUUACACUUGCAUACAUAUUAUACAUACAUAUGUAUGUACACAUACACAUUAUACAUAUGUACAUACAUACACCUUAAAGUGGACAGUAACAAUAACUAUAACAGAAUAUGCUGAGAUUGGAACUGUUAACUGAUUGUGGCUGCUGAUUGUUAAACUUGGAUUAAGAAUUUUUCGACAAUAUAAAUUAGAAAUAAAAGAAUUAAAUUCUAGCGAAAGAGAAAAGUUUCUAAUAACAACACCAACACCGGUCAGCUACUAUACCCUAUGCUUUUCCAAUAAUGCUUAUAAGGUCAACGGACUCCCAGCCGGCAAAAGGCAAAAGGCAAAUGGCAAAUAUCCGUAUAUAGUUUGUGUUUGGGUCAGAGAGAGAUGACAUCCUCGCCCCUUAAUAUACUAUAUUGGAUAACUUUCGGAUACCAUUUUUACAAAUUUUAUAGGUAUGAAUACAACACAGUUUGCAUCGAAAAACAAUAAUACUAUGGCUUCGCUUGAAGAAGCUACAAAAUUAACCAAACAUCAAAGAGUCCAUCAAUUGGCCAAAUUGUAUGGCUGUUCAAAAUCCAUCGAUCGUUUAAUGUCCAUUGAUGACUCUGAUUCGGACUCGGAUUUCCGAAGUUCGUUAGUGAAUAUAUCUGCGAAAAUUCCUUUCCAUAGCGCGUGCUGCCAUUGCAGUAGUAAACCCAGACGAAUACAGAUGAAAUCCAGGAGCUGGCGUUUCCGUUUCUUAGUCGCCCGAUAUGCGACUAUAGUUAUAUUCUCGAUGGUCAUUCUUUUGGCAUCUGCCCAGGAGGAGGUGAACAACAAUAAAAAAGCAUCGAGAGGCGAUGAUAAGCCCCUUACACUGAACGAAAGCAGCCGCAGCCCUUUGAGUUCGUCCUCUCACACAGCCGUUCCUAAUGAAAACACCAUCGUAUCGGAACCCGAACCCGAGCCCGAACCCGAAACCGAAACAAUUCCAAACAAAGGUCAGAGCCGACGACGAACCAACAAGGGACUAGAAAUGCCAGCCGGUCUGCUUUCUGGGGGGGGGACAACACAAGGCUUUAGCAUGAUCAGAAAUAGUUUAAUAAGUGGAGAUAGUGUGCUGCAGCGUCAAUUGAGGGAAAAGGCCAAACAGGAUAGUUUGGAAUCAAUUAAGAUGCACAUACUGAUGCGUUUGAAUUUGAAAAAACUACCAAAUAUAACAAAGCCAAUAUUGGUGCCACAAACUAUAUUGGAAAAAUUCUAUAAAAACUACAAUGCAUCGCUUUCAAAUUCGUUGCGGGAUCAUAACAAUAAACCACAUUCAGAUUCAGAUUCCCGAACAGGACUAUAUGUGCCUGAGGAAAUUGUGACAGAAUCAUCGGAGAAUGUUACGAAAAACAUUUACAAUUCGGAACAUACAACAUCAGCAAACCAUUCAUCCUCCAGCCAGAACUCAUCCCCAGAAAUGCAGGCUGAUGAUCCCAAUAAUUUUAAGGAAUUUCAAUUUAUUUACAAUCUUGGAUUUGAUGAACAUCAAAACGUUGCUAAUCAUAAAUCCACUGACUUUAGAACCAACGAUGAUGAUGAUCACGAUAAUGAUGAUGAUGAUGUUGAAUAUGAAAGUAUUCUUUCACACAUAAGCAGCAUUUAUAUAUUUCCAGAACAGCCUCACGUGCGACAUAAUCGCAAAUCAGAGCUUCUUCGUUUCAAGUUCAAUACUGGAUACUCGGACAUAUCUCACGUAACGCUUCAUUUAUAUUUGCGAGGAUUGGAAUGGAUAAGUGAACAUCAGCCAAAGAUCAUUGAAGAGAUUGCCAAUUAUCAGAACAAGGACAUUGUCGUGGCACUGCAUCGGGCCAUACGUCGUUCAAAUAGCACGAGCUAUACACACAAGGCGAAAAUCUUUGAGUUCCGUCACAAAAUUCCAUCAGGUCUCGGGCAAUGGGUAAACGUGGAUCUCAAGCCCCUGUUCGGCAACGAAUAUGACCGAAUGGGCCCGAAUCCAAAUCAACUGCAAGAGAUUUUCAUAAAAGGCGUCGAGCCCUGGAUGAGGCCUUUGGUGGUAACGACAGACAGUACUUCCAAAAAUCCAUUGACAGUUCACAUUGAGAUUGGCUCCCGAAAAAAGCAUCGACGAAAAAGGAGCGUUUACCUGGAUUGCAUUGAGAGCGAUCACGAAUUGCGCUGUUGUCGAUAUCCUCUAAAGGUCAACUUCACGAGCUUCGGAUGGCAUUUUGUGGUCGCGCCCGAUUCAUUUGAUGCAUACUUUUGCAGUGGCGAGUGCCGAGUUGGGUAUUUAGAGCAAUAUCCUCAUACACAUUUGGCCGCAUUGACAACAUCGGCGACCCCGUGUUGUUCGCCAACCAAAAUGAGUUCCUUAAGCUUAUUGUAUUUUGAUGAAAGCCACAAUUUAGUGUUGAGUGUUAUACCAAAUAUGUCCGUUGAGGGAUGCAGCUGUUCCUAGCCGUCAAAUUCAAAUACAUACAUACAUACAUAUAUACAUACUGAGCAAGAUAUUAAGAAAAGCGUUUAGAUAUUAAUAUAACAUAAUAAAAUAGGAUAAGUACAUACCAUACAUACAUACAUACAUACAUACACAUACAAAUAUUUGCACUCACAUGCAUACAUACAUAAAUACAUACAUACGUUAAAGUACCUGUAACAUGUUUGAGCAUUGCACGAACGUACAUACAUGCAUAUGUAAUGUUAAUGCAACAUUUACAUAAAUCUAUAUUUGGCUUAUCAUUGUUUUUUCGGUUACAAAGUAAACCAAAUUUAAAUGUAAGUAACUGCAAGUGCAGCGUUCGCUGUUAAGUUUAUUGUCCAUGUAUAUAUAUUUUCUAAUAACAUUGUCAUUCACCACGAACAAGCGAAUAAAUUAAUCAUUUCAGAUUUUGCAA